GGGACCCACGCGUCAGCCAGACGGGUGGAGUCGUCGGCCACGCCGUCGUUCUCUUCUUGUCUUCCUUAACGCCGAAGACACGCGGAUCCCACCGCGUGCCGUGCGCAUCGAUCUAGCGCCUCUUCUCCAAAUCCAACCCCGCCCUUGCUCACGAAGGCUACUAGAAGCCUAGAAGAACCCCUCCUCUCCGGCGCCGCCAUCUCCUCGGAUCCCAACUGACUCCGCCGACCAACCAGGAUCGAUGGAGGCGAAGAUGGGGCGCUUCUUCGAGUCCGUGGGCAACUUCUUCACCGGCGGCGACAACAUCCCCUGGUGCGACCGCGACAUCAUCGCUGGAUGUGAAAGGGAGCUUGCCGAUGCUGCAACUGAAGAGCAGAGGAAUGAUAGCCUUAUGAGGCUUUCUUGGGCCCUUGUGCACUCCAGGCAGACGGACGAUGUAAACCGUGGAAUUAUCAUGCUUGAAGCUUCUUUGGAUAAUUCAGGCAGUCCUCUGCAGACUAGGGAAAAGCUGUACUUGUUGGCUGUUGGGCACUACAGGAAUGGUGACUACUCAAAAAGCCGGCAACUUGUGGAACGCUGUUUGCAGAUUCAACCUGAUUGGAGGCAGGCUAUUUCUCUGAAGAAAGCAAUAGAAGAUAAAAUUGCCAAAGAUGGUCUUAUUGGAAUAGGAAUUGCGACAACUGCUGUAGGACUUCUGGUUGGUGGAAUUGCAGCUGCUGUUGCCAGAAAGAAGUAAGAUGAAUAGAUGGUAUCUCUGCUCACCGAUGAGCAAGGAGACGCUUUCAGCUGUUCUGGUGUUAAGCUGGUGAUACUCGAGUCGAAUUGAAAUGGAUUUUGUUUGUACAAAGUGAGUAGAUGAUGAUAAUACUAUUGAGGCAAUGUAGCCUCUAUUCUGUUUUUUUUUUUUGCCCA